ACUACAUUUCCCAACAUGCCAUGCGCCGUUCUGACGGUUUUAGUGCCGAAUCUAACCAGGGAUGCAAUGUGAAAUGGAGGCGAGGGAAGAAUGCGCGGGAGGCUUCAAAAAGGAGACCGUGAACAAACUGCUCCAGCUCCACUUCAAAGAUGACAAAACGCGAGCCAGUGGUGAUGCUGCGUUGUUGAUGGCUGAAAUGCUUAAAGUAUUUGUUCGAGAAGCAGCAGCACGAGGAGCACGGCAAGCUCGGACUGAGGAUGUAACUAGAGUGGAAGUGGAACACGUGGAAAAAAUCCUGCCACAGUUGCUUCUGGAUUUCUAGAAACCUGAUGAAUGAAAAACCUGUAUUCCUGUUAUUAAGAAGAAAUUGAGCUGAACUCAGAAGCAAAAUGAUUGAUAGACUUGUAAUAUGGAAUUUCCUACAAAAUGUGCUGACUUCCUGGAAUGACAACUUCAACAACUUAUCUUCCUUCUCAGCUCUGUUUUCUGUCUCUUUUGGGGUGCUUAAUGGCUGUCAGUGUUGCCUAAAAUAACUGUGGGUUUGUUGGGAGUUUCUUGUAACACAGUUCCUGGAGCAGAUGGUAGCUAUCUGAAGUUGCGCCCUGCCCUUAUGAUUCCCAUUCAUAGUCAGGUAAUGUCUUUACUUUUCUAAUGGGAAAAACAGGUGCCAUCUUCUAGAGGUGUGUGGAAAGGGUGAGUAUGCUUGGAAGGCUUGGCCACAUCAAGGGCUCUUGUCACCUCCAGGCCUGAGUGCUGUCUUAAGUUCUUAAACGGGGGCCUAGCCUCAAAUCUGUGCCAACAGCAGGUACCUGAUCUUUAUUUUAUGAAUAAACAGCGCCUGUCCUUCAAUCCUUUCCCACAUUCCACAGGGCCAUGACAUCAAAGAGUGCAUGGAACCUUUUAACCAUUUGAUAUUCCUCUAAGAAGCUGCUUUCCCUCUGCUAUAAAUUUGUUCUUACAAAGAAACGUCAAUAAAUCAAAAAUAACCUCC